CGUGUGUCAGUUACCCUCCUGGAGGCAGCCGUGUGUCAGUUACCCUCCUGGAGGCAGCAGUGUGUCAGUUACCCUCCUGGAGGCAGCCGUGUGUCAGUUACCCUCCUGGAGGCAGCAGCGUGUCGGUGACGCGCCUCUCUCCGGCUGCCCGCUCAGGAACGGAUGUGAUGAACCGGCGCUGAGCGGCGACGACAGGCCGACAUGGCGGAAGAGGACAAGCGGGUCCGGGUUCUCCAGAGCCUGCGGGGGAAAAUAUGUGAAGCUAAGAACCUCGGUCCGGUCUCGGGUCCAAACCGACAACGGGACCUCUGCACCUUCUGCACCAUCAGUCUGGACCAGGAGGAGGUGUUCCGCACCAAGGUGUUCGACAAGAGCGUCAGCCCGUUCUACGGAGAGGACUUCUACUUCGAGAUCCCACGGCCUUUCCAGUGUUUGUCCUUCUACAUCUACGCCAAGAGUGUGUUCCAGAGGGAGCUCCCUGUGGGCAAGGUGUCCAUCCAGAAGGACGAGCUGUGUAAGUUCAGUGGGAGGGAGCUCUGGUGUGGGCUGCACCCCGUGGACGCCAACUCAGAAGUCCAGGGUAAAGUUCACCUGGAGAUGAGGCUGAAUGAGGUGAUCACCGUGAGCGGCUCCAUGGGCCAACAACUCCUCGUCCGGAUCAUCGAGUGCCAGGGUCUUCCUCUGAUCAGCGGGCAGAACUGUGACCCGUAUGCCACCGUGUCGCUGGUGGGACCCGCCAGGUGUGACCAGAAGAAGACGAAGGUGAAGAAGAAAACCAGCAACCCUCAUUUUGAAGAGACCUUCUCCUUCGAGGUCACCCGGCUGGGCAGCUACACCAAGAAGUCUCACUUCCAGGUGGAAGAGGAGGACAUCGAAAAGCUGGAGAUCAAAGUGGACCUGUGGAACAAUGAGAGUCUGGCUCAGGACGUGUUCCUGGGGGAGACCAGGGUCCCCGUGAAGGUCCUGAGGAACGCCCACAUCCACAAAGCCUGGUACCUCCUCCAGCCCAAGGGGACCAGCAGCAGGCCCCGGUGUGAGGAGCUGGGCUCUCUGCGUCUGAAGCUGACCUACAUCCAGGACACGGUGCUGCCGCCGGGCUGCUACACGGCGCUCUGCAGCCUGCUGCUGCGCUCACCUGACGUCAAGCCCAUCUCGGCCUCUGCGGCCCACAUCCUGGGGGAGGUGUGCGGUGGCCGUUCUGAGGCGGUGCAGCCGACGGCUCGUCUGCUGCUGCAGAGCCAGCGGCUGCUGCCCUACGUCUGCGCUGUGGCGGAGCUGGAGCUGGACCACACCCAGGAGGUCAACACUAUCUUCCGGGGGAACUCUCUGGCGACUCGCUGCAUCGACGACAUGAUGAAGAUCGUUGGGAAGAAUUACCUCACAGUGAUCCUGAAGCCUGUGAUAGACGAGAGUCGCGUUCCGAUGUAUUAUUGGACCCCAGCCCCUAUAGCGGGACCCCAGCUCCUCUUAAGGGACCCAGCCCCUCAACCUGCUCUCAUGAUGUGUUUCCUGUCUGCAGAUGCGUGUGCCAGUCUGGCGGUCUACCAGGGUCCUCAGCGGGACCAGGAGGACUACUCCAAGUUCACCAUCCAGGAACCCAAAGAGACCUUCCAGACCCUCAAGCAGCUCCGGAACAUCAUGGAGGACCUCCAGAAGCAGCACCGCGUCAGGAGCGACAGCACGGCGCAGUACGGGAGCCUGGACAACCCCAUCGUCGGGAAAUGCUCUUAACCCGGAGAGGAGGCGUGGCCUGAACGCCGUACCAGCUGGUGCCGUAGCCUGAAGGGUCCUAGAGGGUCCUGAAGGAGUCACUGUCCCAGUGAGACCGCCCGCUGUGAGUCCAGGAGAUCCACCCUGUCCUCCAGACAGCAUGAGUCCACUACAGACGAGGAACCAGACCCCUUCUGUUGGCUCCUCCCCCCUCGGCCCCUCUCAAGAGUCCUCCUGGUCCUCCUGGUCCUCUUGACUUCAUCACGGUAGAUUCUGUGUGAAUAAGCCGCUCAUCUUUUAUAUGUUUUAUAUCAGCAGCUGUGAUGCAGCGCUCCUCUCUCCAGAGGUUACUCCUCCUAUUGGAUCCCUCCUCUGUGAUUGGUCCACAGAGAGCUAUGACUCCAGAUGGGCUCUGAUUGGUCCACAGCGAGCGCUAUGACGACGGCGUGUGAGCGCCACACUGACGACCGAUAGACAUGUGACGUGAAUGGUGUCUUCUGAUUGGCUGUCGGGUGGCGAUGGACUCCACUUGUAAAGCUUUGUAGUGUAUUUAUAGUUCUAGACGUUCUGAUCAUAUCAGAGGAACCGAUCGCCUUAUUGAUCACACAUUAACGAUGCAGCAGCACUUUACACGUCUGGAGCGCUCCAGAUGAACCGAUCGGGUGAAUUGAUCAGAUACUUGUUAUCAGCAUUUUGAUCAGUUACAUGAUCGUGAAUAAUAAUUUUUUGUUUUAAUUUGUGUAUAAUAACUUUUAUAGAUUUUAAAGAUAUAUUUCUUGACCAAAGACAGUUUCAUAAUUUUUACUUGAAAAAAAUAAAAUAAUGUAUUUUAAAUAUAAUUUUUCUUUAAAUGGAGUAAAUUAUAUUUAUGUGUAUAUAUAUAUAUACGUUAUAUAUAUAUACACACACAUUUUAUAUAUGUAUAUAUAUAUGUAUAUAUAUGUUCAUGUUCAUGUGUGUGUGUUUGUAUUUUGUCAAAAUAUUUGUUUAACUCUUUAGUGUCUUCUGUCUGGAUCCUGAUGGCAGAUGAUUGGUUGAUUGAUUGGUUGGUUGGUUGAUUGAUAUGUUGAUUGAUUGAUUGAUUGAUUGAUUGAUAGUUGUAGUCGUGUUCCCUGUGAUUGUGAAUCUUGUUUACAGUGAACAUCUGAUGUUUCUGUCGCAGCAUCUUUAGUGCCUUAUGUAAAAUAUGAUGAUGAGGAACCAGAAUAUUGUCUUGAUUUAGUUUAAACAAUCACUUUGUUUGUUCCUUUGUUCUGAACCACAGAGGUCCAGAGGUUCUCUGUGGUCCUCUGAGGUUCUCUGUGGUCCUCUGAGGUUCUCUGUGGUCCUCUGUGGUCCUCUGAGGUUCUCUGUGGUCCUCUGAGGUCCUCUGAGGUUCUCUCUGGUCCUCUGAGGUUCUCUCUGGUCCUCUGAGGUUCUCUCUGGUUCUCUGAGGUUCUCUCUGGUCCUCUGAGGUUCUCUGUGGUCCUCUGAGGUUCUCUCUGGUCCUCUGAGGUUCUCUCUGGUCCUCUGAGGUCCUCUGAGGUUCUCUCUGGUCCUCUGAGGUUCUCUCUGGUCCUCUGAGGUUCUCUCUGGUCCUCUGAGGUUCUCUCUGGUCCUCUGAGGUUCUCUCUGGUCCUCUGAGGUCCUCUGAGGUUCUCUCUGGUCCUCUGAGGUUCUCUCUGGUCCUCUGAGGUCCUCUGAGGUUCUCUCUGGUCCUCUGAGGUUCUCUCUGGUCCUCUGAGGUUCUCUCUGGUCCUCUGAGGUUCUCUCUGGUCCUCUGAGGUCCUCUGAGGUUCUCUCUGGUCCUCUGAGGUCCUCUCUGGUCCUCUGAGGUCCUCUGAGGUUCUCUCUGGUCCUCUGAGGUUCUCUGUGGUCCUCUGAGGUUCUCUCUGGUCCUCUGAGGUCCUCUGAGGUUCUCUCUGGUCCUCUGAGGUUCUCUGUGGUUCUGUGUGUGAAGUUAUUCUCUAAAGUUCAGAGUCCUCAGUGAAGGAGAAGAUGCAUCAUUAAUAAUGAUGCACAUUAUUUAACAGAACAAUCAUCUUUGAGAAGUCGAGCUGCAUCUGAUGAAUGCAGUGAUGGAUCAUAGAGUUUGAGUCUCUGAGUCUUUGUGUCUCUGGGUCUUUGAGUCUUUGUGUCUCUGAGUCUUUGUGUAUCUGAGUCUUUGUCUCUCUGGGUCUUUGAGUCUUUGUGUCUCUGAGUCCUCAGCAAUGAUUUAUUCCCCCGGGGGUUCAACAGAGUUAAAUGAAUGCCUGAAGCGUCUGAAGAGCCAGACGAGUUUCUACUGAUUGUUUUCCUGUCAUCUGACUAUUGAUUGGUCAACAAAUCGUAUUGUGAUAACAAUCAAACUUUGAUUCCUCUGCUUUUGUCUUUUGUCUGUUUGAACAAUGAAGAAACUUAAAUUUAUCGUAACAGGAUGACGUGAGCCGGUGAACGUUGUUUAGUUUCUGGUCCGUCAUAUUUCUAACGUGCAUAUCUGGUGAAUUUAACCAUGUAUAUUUUUGUAGGAAGAUAUUUUUGUAUUUUUUUAACACUGUUGUAUCGUGUUGGUACGUUUCCUCUGGUUGUAGCUGCUGGAUGGGUUACUGCAGUGGCUUGUGGGUAAUAUCCCACAGCGGCAGCCAAUCGGAGGCUCCGCCUCCCGAGAGGCGCCCAGACGGCACGUUUUGGGUUUCUGAUCUUUGAUCUGGUUCUAAAGAGGGAACAUUUUUCUAUGUCUAAGUUCCACCAGCUGCCAGAGGACCAACGUCUUCAUCGCUUGUAAUAUUGCCAAAUUCAAAAGGGAAGAUGAGAUCAUAAGAAUCAAUAAUCAACUCCGGUUGGAAAGGAGUGACUCAUCGAUGAGUCCGUCGACACGUUGGCGCUCAGAGCUUGUGACUCGUGUUUUCUUGAGUUGCUCCAGCGCUCUGGCCUGCAGCUCCGUGUGAGAGACUCAUGAAGCUUCAAUACUAUGUACGCUAUUUUUAUACACAUUAAAUAUUUUAUUUUC